AUGGAGGAUGGAGAAGGAUUUUUUUUCUCCCCGGUUAUUCAGGUUUCUUGUGAAAAAUCUAUAACGGCUCAAUGUGGAGAGACGGUGAGCGGAACCUGCAAGUUUACCAAGAAGCUGGAACAUCUCAACGUGAAAUGGGGCAGCGACAAAUCCAUCGACUUCGACUUUAAUAACGGCGGGGAACAUACUGAGAACAGCCCGGAAGGAAAGGUUUCCGUGGAGGUGACGGGGAUGGCGGUGACAAUCAAUAUAAUCAAUGCCACCUUUUCCGAGGCAGGCGAAUUCAUUCUGGCUUUCAGCUCUCGAGCCGGGCAUAGGAAGGCGGUCAUCCGUUUCAGCGUUGUUGGUGUCUGUGACCCUAUAAUUAAUUUCAGAGAAAGCGGAGAUUUAAUAUGCGAGGUCAACAGCUCCAGACCGGUGCAAAUAUCCUGGUCCUCCGCAGGCGUAAUGGAACAUACAGGCACGGACGAGGAGCCACUCGAAGGCAAAUUCCGAACCUACAGCUCUCUACACCCGUCUAACCGGACCAGACCGAUGUGCUGCGUUGUUGUGGACGGCGAUGGUCACUUAGAGAAGCAGUCAUGCACCAACUAUAGCGAUGAUCAUCAGCUUGCUUCGUACGAUGGAAAGAAGAAACCAGUCGCAGUCCAAACGAUCCUCCCCGUUCCUGCCGUUGCACUCGUGGGGAUUCCAGCGUUUGUCUGGUAUAAAUGUCGCUCUCGCAGAAUUUCUAUGUCCUCUGCUGGGUUCAGAGAGCGCAGAACUUCCCAGGGGCCGCUGAUAGGACCGGAAGAGAAGGACCAGUCUAUGAAAGAUCCCACGGCAUCCACCAAUGUCUACAUUUAAUGAAGUGAAACCAUUUUGUGUUAAUUCAUUUUUUUUAACCUCUGCUUUUUCUAUUUCUGUCCUGGAAAAGUAAAUCAUCAUCACUGGUGUCUGUAUAUAUCAUAUUCCAUUUAUAUAUACAUUGUGAUUUUUUGUACUAUAAAAAUAUAUGCUUCGACA